GAAAACAAAAACACCAUGCAGUCUAUAACACGUUCAGUGAGCACGCAGAAACGCCUUUUGAAACAACGCAAAACCGGUGGCACUUCAUUUGUUUCCGCACUUCAGCAACGCAAUAUGGGUCGUUUGGGGAAAGUAGAUCCCAGUUCCUACUCGGAGCCCGAGCGCAUCACCACCAAACACAGUGCACUUAAGUGGACCGUAGAUUUUGCGAAUACAAAGCUUUUAGGCAGUGUGACGCACCACUUCAAUGUACUGGAGACCAACUUGCCGGCUAUUCUGUUGGAUGUGCGUGACAUCACCGUUAAUAAUGCAUCUAUUAUAUGUAACGGCGGCUCAUCUAUUCCAAUUAACUACUUUGCCAGUGAUCCUGUAGAGGAUAUUGGUGCUAAGUUGACUUUGGAAUUGCCGGAAGGUACAGCUAAGGGAGACCUUCUUGUACGCAUAGACUAUGAGACUUCUAAUCGCGCCAGCGCCCUGCAAUGGCUCACACCAGAGCAGACUCUAGGCAAACAGCACCCUUAUCUGUUCAGUCAGUGUCAAGCGAUUCAUGCACGUUCCGUACUGCCAUGCCAGGAUACACCGGCCGUUAAAUUUACUUACGAAGCCACCGUACAGCAUCCAAAGGAACUAACUGCACUGAUGAGCGCCUUAAUUGAGAAAAAAGAAGCAGGUGUAACCACUUUCAAGCAAGAUGUGCCCAUACCGGCUUAUUUAUUAGCCAUUGCCAUUGGAGAUCUCGUUUCUCGUCCAUUGGGUGCCAAUUCCAAUGUCUGGGCAGAGGCCGGUAUUGUAGACGCUAGUGCUGAGGAAUUCUCACAAACUGCUCAGAUGUUGAAGACUGCAUCGGACAUUUGUGGCCCAUAUGUUUGGAAACAAUAUGACUUGCUGGUUAUGCCGCCAUCAUUCCCCUUUGGGGGCAUGGAAAACCCUUGCCUUACAUUUGUAACGCCCACAUUGCUGGCCGGUGAUAAGUCUUUGGCAGAUGUAGUGGCACAUGAAAUUGCGCAUAGCUGGACUGGUAAUUUGGUUACGAAUAAAAACUUCGAACAUUUCUGGUUGAAUGAGGGAUUCACUGUAUUCGUUGAAACGAAAAUUGUGGGACGCAUGCAAGGCAAUAAGGAGCGUGAUUUUCAUAUGCUGCGCAAUCUGACCGAUUUGCAGGAGUGCAUCCGCACACAAUUAGCUAAUAGCCCGGAGCUGACAAAGCUAGUUGUGGAUCUAUCUAACUGCGGUCCCGACGAUGCCUUCUCCAGCGUGCCCUACAUCAAAGGCUCAACAUUCCUGCGGUACAUCGAAGAUCUACUUGGUGGACCUGAAGUGUUUGAGCCAUUCCUGCGCAGCUACUUGCAACAGUAUGCCUACAAAUCGGUUGUGACUGACGAUUUCAAAGCUGCCUUGUAUGAUUACUUCAAUAAAACCGAUAAGAAGGAUAAGCUAACCGAAAUCGAUUGGGAUUUGUGGCUACACAAGGAGGGACUGCCGCCAAUAAUUCCAAAAUUCGAUGAGACACUUGCAAAUGUCUCAAAGCAAUUGGCCGUAUUGUGGAGCACCAAGUCCACUGCUGACCUACGCCUCGACACGCAAAUCACUAAGUCCAUUUCUUCUCUUCAACUAAUUGAUUUUCUAGGCAGAUUAAUCGAAUGCCAAGAAAUAGUCGAGUUAAAUGAGGAUAAAAUCGAAUUGCUUGAGAGCACAUACAAUUUGAAGAGCACAAAGAAUGCCGAAGUGCGCUUCCGCGUCUUGCGCUUGGUUAUCCGAGCACGACUGCUGAAGCGUAUCGAAGAAAUCAUUGCAUUUGCCAACUCGAACUUCCGCAUGAAAUUCUGUCGUCCAAUUUAUCGUGACCUAGGUCAAUGGCCCGAGGCUAAGCCUAUUGCAAUUGAAAGCUUCCAGCGUGUCAAGGAUCAAAUGAUGGCGGUCUGUGCGCAUACAAUCGAGAAGGAUUUGGGUUUAAAAUGAGCAUAUCAUGUGUUUAAAUUUUCUAUGAAUUGCCUUAAGUUGGCACAUACUUUUUUUAAUUAAUAAAUUGUUUACCAGAAAGUUAACAAAUGAA